CUCUUUACCCCUGGCGCCUGGCGCCUAAGCGUUCGUUGAAAACCUGCCUUUACAGAUAGCAUUGGCUCAGUGUUAAACAAACGUUGCUGUACAAAACAUACCAAGAUGAAGAUGAUAAUUGUUAUCUGCUGCUUGAUGGGCGUGGCUAUGUCCCGGCCUGGAGGGUAUACUGGUAUUGGAGGCGUGUACAAGAAUAUGAACCAGAAGGCGGACUAUAUGUCUCACGCUAAGAAAGCUUCCCAGAUGGCCCUCGACCUGUUUAAUGACGAGUCCCUCACUCUAGGAGAGGAGGAAAGAUCUGCUCGUGCCACCAGUGUUUAUGUUCCUUCCUUCUUCACCAGCCAGCCCCAGCAGGUCGCAGUUGACCCAAUAGAGCUAGCUGCUGCUGCUGAGUUCCCUGCCCUCGUCAGAUCUGAGAGAGCUGGUCUUGCACAGGCCCAGUACUACGAGCUCCCCAUCUACUACAAUGAGUACAGCUCCCCCGUUCAGGAGAACACCUACUACCAGUAGAGAAGGGAGCAGGAGGACACUUACUACAAGUAGAGGGUGGGGAAGGAGGACACCUACUACCAGUAGAGGAGAAGGAGGAUUAUAUCAUUUGUUUAAUAUAGAGUACAAUCCAUCAACUCACUACUAGUGUUUAUAUGUGGAUAUUAGUUAACAUGUGACCACUAUUAGUAAGUUUGGUUGAUAGCUAAACAUUCAAAAAAAAAAAUUAUGUUUUUUAAUUUGUUAAAUUAUCUUUUAUUUAUUUUAUUUUAAAUUUGUUAAAAUCAAGACAAUAAACGCAUAAUACCAA